AUGAAUUUGCGCCUUCAUAUCUUUUUUGGACAAUUUCUUUGGUUGGUGGCAGUUUUAAAUGGGAAGUCAAUACAAGGGAUCCCUGGAUUUGGAAGAAACUUGCUGAUCAAAACGCUGCCGGAGAUACCAGACUAUCAGAGUAGUGUAUAUGAAGUGUUUAUGGAACCCUAUUUAUAUGACUACGGGCAACAUCAGGCGCUACCCAUCGGAAAUCGCGCUGAGAAGCUCAUAGAAUAUCUGCCCGGUACAAUAUUGCCGUUUGGUGGAGGACUCCAAAGUGCCCACCCGCAGGCUACUAUUCCAGGUCUCCGAGCAGUAGUCCACCUACAACCCGAUGAAGAAUCUGGAGUAGUGGGUGAUUUGGUAUUUACACAGCUAAUGCCUAAUGGCCCAGUGACUAUUGAGGGUAACGUGACGGGGCUGACCCCAGGACUCCAUGGGAUUCAUGUACACCAGGCUGGAGAUAUCAAAGAAAAUUGCAAAGAUAUUGGAGAGCAUUUUAUUGCAUUUUAUGGUCGUCACGGUGGUCCACGCGACCCAGUUCGACAUGUCGGCGACCUUGGCAACAUAAAAGCGGAGGAAGGCACACUCGUGGUCAAAAUUGUCGACCAUCUUAUUUCACUCACAGGCCCUCGGUCGAUAGUCGGUCGAUCUUUAGGCAUAUCUAAAGGGGAAGAUGACUAUGGGAGGGCCAGCACUGAGGAAAGUGGGUUAACAGGCACUUCAGGGCCCACAAUUGCUUGCGGAAUCAUCGGGUAUUUGAAUUAA